UCAUUCUGUCAUCCAUGCAGUUAUAUCAGAAGUGGAUUUUGCUUCAUCAGUUGACGUGUAACAGCUUGUGAACCCCUGGCUGAGCUGGCUCGGCACAUGUUACACCCAGCACGGGGCCUGAGUUUGGGGGAACUACAGUUGUCAGGUGAAAGGACGCUCCAGUGAAGCACGUGCAGAAAACAAGAAGGAAGAGGUUGUGUUUUGUAUCUUUCCAGAAGGAGCAGUGCAGUCAAUUUGGGAACCGGAGACUUACAUGUGUCACCACAACGGACCCAGAGAAGCUCCUUGUCCCAGUGUUCCAAAGACUGAAAGUUGCCUCGAUGACAGCAAAGUGGAAAAAAGAAGAAAAGGAAGGCUAUGCAAGGGACUGAGAUGCCAACAUGGGGUGAAUAAGUAUGGACAACAAAGAUACAUAUUUGCUGAACUUUAAAGGCUAUAAUUUUGAAUCUUCCUUCGUUGAUGCUGACUUUCUAGAAUAUCUAGAUGAUUUUGAAAUUAGAGAUGAUGAUGUCUUCAUAAUUACAUUUCCAAAAUCUGGUACCACCUGGACUCAGCAGAUAUUAAGCUUGAUUUAUUUUGAGGGACAUCGUAACAGAACUGAAGACUUGGCAACGCUUGAUAGAGUCCCCUUCUUUGAAUACAAAAUACGCAAAACAGACUUUCUCAACAGACCGUCUCCUCGCCUCUUCUGUUCCCACCUCCCAUAUUAUUUAGUACCGAAAGGUCUCAAGAACAAAAAAGCUAAAAUUAUUUACGUCUACAGAAACCCCAAGGAUGUUAUGACUUCAUUCUUUCAUUUUUCAAAUGUGGUGGUCCGUCUUGAACCUGGGAAUGAUAUGGAACAUUUCAUGAAAAGGUUUCUAGAUGGAAAUGUGGUAGGAAGCCGUUGGUUUGAUCACAUCAGAGGCUGGUAUGAGCACAGACAUGACUUCAGUAUUCUGUUUAUGAUGUAUGAGGAAAUGAAAAAGGAUCUCAGAAGUUCUGUGCUUAAAAUCAGCCGUUUUCUUGAGAAAGAACUGAGUGAAGAGGAUGUGGAAGCUAUUGUGAAACAGGCUACAUUUCAGAACAUGAAGUCUGAUCCAAGAGCAAAUUAUGAUGAGAUUCUAAAAUAUGAAUUUGGUAAAAGAACAGAUGAGGGACAUUUUCUUCGCAAAGGUACCGUUGGAGACUGGAAACAUCACUUGACAGUGGAGCAAAAUGAAAGAUUUGACAAAAUAUUCCAAAGGAAUAUGAAAGAUUUGCCUUUGAAGUUCAUCUGGGAUUUAAAUGAAGAGUAAAAUCAGUGUAGAAGAAUUCUAAAAAAAUCUACUAACCAGAGAGACUAUUUUAAUAUACACAUUAAUUUGUGCUUCUUAUGCAAAUGUUAAUUAUAAAACUUUAAUAAUAAAAAAUGAGUAAACUGUACUUAGAUUAGUUGGCAGGUGUUUGAUAAGCACUUUGAAAUUUCAAAAAUUAAAAUCAUUUACUAGAUAGUCUGCAUUGAUACCCUGUAUUAUAAAUUGAAAAACAGGAAGCAUGUAAUAAGAAAUUAUAAAUGUUCUGAGUUUUCCUUAGUGUGUAUUUUUUCUUUACCUACAAUUAAACUGAGUAUCAAUGAAACAUUAAACUUAAUUAUUAUAAUUAAACAUUAAUUCUUUGAUUUAAAAUAAUUGUGAAUGUUGAAAUAGAGAACUCUUAUGAAAGCA